GACUCAAUACAUAUGUUACUGAAGAAGUGCAUAAUUCAACACAGUUGGUUACUGGUUUGUGCAAGUGAUGAGUUCGAAGAUGACCAAGUUGUUUCUUCUUUUCCUCGUCCUGGUUUCCUUCACAUGUCUCUCCUUUGCUUUGCCGAGUGCGUACUCCAUUCAUGGGCGUGACAAGUUGGACAAGUUUUCUUCGGAGGAAGAAGUGUUGCAACUGUUCCAAGUGUGGCAGAAGGAGCACGGUCGUGAAUACAGCAAUCCAGAGGAGAAGGCAAAAAGGUUCCACAUUUUCCAGAGGAAUCUGAGGUAUAUCAAUGAGAUGAAUGCAAAGAGAAAGUCAUUGACGCAGCACCGUUUGGGUCUGAACAAGUUUGCUGAUAUGAGUCCUGAGGAGUUCGCGGAAACCUACUUGAAACAAAUAGAGAUGCCCUCCAACAUGGAGAGUAGGAAGGUUCAGGAUGAUGACGACUGUCAAAACCUUCCUGAGUCUGUAGAUUGGAGGGAGAAGGGUGCUGUGACCGAAGUUAGAGAUCAAGGGGAAUGCCAGAGCCACUGGGCUUUCAGCGUGACCGGGGCCAUUGAAGGAAUAAACAAAAUAGUUACCGGGGAUCUUGUCACCCUCUCUGCACAAGAACUCGUGGACUGUGACCCUGCCAGCCAUGGCUGUGCUGGAGGCUUUUACUUCAAUGCAUUUGGUUACGUUAUCGACAAUGGUGGCAUUGACACAGAAGAAAAUUACCCUUACACGGCCAAAAACGGUUCUUGCAGGGUAAAUGCAAACAAGGUUGUUAGCAUUGAUAACCUUCUGGUUGUGGAUGGGACAGAAGAAGGUCUCUUGUGCCGUGUUAGUAAGCAGCCUGUUAGUGUAAGCAUAGAUGCAACCGGGCUUCAAUUUUACAGUGGUGGAGUGUAUGGUGGUGAUAACUGCUCGAAGAAUUCAAGGUCUGCAACUCUUGUGUGUUUAAUAGUGGGUUAUGGUUCAGUGGGUGGAGAAGAGUAUUGGAUUGUGAAGAACUCGUGGGGUAAAGAAUGGGGAGAAAAUGGUUACCUCUUGAUCAAGAGAAAUGUUAGUGACGAGUGGCCUUAUGGUGUAUGUGCCAUCAAUGCUGCGGCUGGUUAUCCAAUCAAAGAGGUUUCAUCAUCUUCACCUCUCUUAUCUGCAGACAUAUAGUACUAUCCAUCCUUUUCAAACCAAUAGGUUUUCUCUAAAGCACAAAACCUUUGUGUAUGGGCAUAUUACUACUUAAGUAUUUGCCUUCAAAAUAAUAAGCUUUGUGUGCUAAUUUGGGUUAAGGUGCUUUAAUAAAACAAUGGAUGGUAGUUCAACUA